CGGAGCAGCCCCCCCAUGCUGUCUGCGGACGAUGCCGAGUACCCGAGGGAGUACCGGACCCUGGGGGGCGGGGGCGGCGGGGGCAGCGGGGGCCGGCGCUUCUCCAACGUGGGGCUGGUGCACACGUCGGAGCGGAGGCACACGGUGAUCGCGGCCCAGAGCCUGGAGGCGCUCAGCGGGCUCCAGAAGGCGGAUGCCGACCGCAAGCGCGAUGCCUUCAUGGACCACCUGAAGAGCAAGUACCCCCAGCACGCCCUGGCCCUGCGAGGCCAGCAGGACAGGAUGCGAGAGCAGCCAAACUACUGGAGUUUCAAGACCCGCAGCUCGCGCCACACUCAGGGAGCCCAGCCCGGGCUGGCAGACCAGGCGGCCAAGCUGUCGUACGCCUCAGCUGAGUCGCUGGAGACCAUGUCUGAGGCCGAGCUGCCCCUGGGCUUCAGCAGGAUGAACCGCUUCCGACAGAGCCUGCCUCUCUCCCGCUCCGCCAGCCAGACCAAGCUGCGCUCGCCAGGGGUGCUGUUCCUGCAGUUCGGGGAGGAGACUCGGCGCGUGCACAUCACGCACGAGGUCAGCAGCCUGGACACGCUGCACGCACUCAUCGCGCACAUGUUCCCGCAGAAGCUCACCAUGGGCAUGCUUAAGUCGCCCAACACCGCCAUCCUCAUCAAAGACGAGGCUCGCAACGUCUUCUACGAGCUGGAGGACGUCCGGGAUAUCCAGGACCGCAGUAUUAUCAAGAUCUAUAGGAAGGAGCCACUCUAUGCUGCUUUCCCUGGCUCACACCUCACCAACGGGGACCUCCGGAGAGAGAUGGUGUACGCGUCGCGGGAGUCGUCGCCCACGCGGCGCCUCAACAACCUGUCGCCAGCGCCGCACCUGGCUUCCAGCUCGCCGCCGCCCGGGCUACCGUCGGGGCUGCCGUCGGGGCUGCCGUCUGGCUCGCCGUCGCGCUCGCGCCUCUCGUACGCCGGCGGGCGCCCGCCCUCGUAUGCCGGCAGCCCGGUGCACCACGCGGCCGAGCGGCUGGGAGGCGCCCCGGCCGCCCAGGGCGUCAGUCCCAGCCCCAGCGCCAUCCUGGAGCGGCGCGACGUGAAGCCGGACGAGGACCUGGCGAGCAAGGCGGGCGGCAUGGUGUUGGUGAAGGGCGAGGGCCUCUACGCCGACCCCUACGGGCUGCUGCACGAGGGCCGGCUGAGCCUGGCCGCGGCCGCCGGCGACCCGUUCGCCUACCCCGGGGCCGGCGGCCUCUACAAGCGCGGCUCGGUGCGCUCGCUCAGCACCUACUCGGCCGCCGCGCUGCAGUCCGACCUGGAGGACUCGCUGUACAAGGCGGCCGGCGGCGGCGGCCCGCUCUAUGGCGACGGCUACGGCUUCCGCCUGCCGCCCUCGUCGCCGCAGAAGCUGGCUGACGUGGCGGCGCCCCCCGGAGGUCCCCCGCCGCCGCACAGCCCCUACUCGGGGCCACCUAGCCGCGGCUCGCCGGUGCGCCAGUCAUUCCGCAAAGACUCCUCCUCUUCUGUCUUCGCCGAGAGUCCUGGAGGCAAGACCCGCAGCGCGGGCAGCGCCUCCACGACCGGAGCACCCCCUCCCGAGCUCUUCCCUGGACCUGGGGAGCGCUCGCUCGUUGGGUUCGGGCCGCCAGUGCCAGCCAAGGACACGGAGACCAGGGAGCGCAUGGAGGCCAUGGAGAAGCAGAUUGCCAGCCUCACAGGCCUGGUACAGAGUGCUCUACUGCGAGGCUCAGAGCCCGAGACGCCCAGUGAGAAGAUUGAAGGCUCCAAUGGAGCAGCCACCCCCUCAGCGCCCGGUGGCUCAGGCAGCCGGAGCAGCGGGGCCACCCCGGUGUCCGGCCCUCCCCCGCCCUCGGCCAGCAGCACCCCUGCAGGGCAGCCCACUGCUGUCAGCCGUCUGCAGAUGCAGCUGCACCUGCGCGGCCUGCAGAACAGCGCCAGUGACCUGCGCGGGCAGCUGCAGCAGUUGCGCAAGCUCCAGCUGCAGAACCAGGAGUCAGUGCGCGCGCUGCUGAAGCGCACGGAGGCGGAGCUGAGCAUGCGCGUGUCGGAGGCGGCGCGGCGGCAGGAGGACCCGCUGCAGCGGCAGCGCACCCUGGUGGAAGAGGAGCGGCUGCGCUACCUCAACGACGAGGAGCUCAUCACCCAGCAGCUCAAUGACCUGGAGAAAUCGGUGGAGAAGAUCCAGAGGGACAUGUCCCACAACCACCGGCUGGUACCUGGCCCUGAGCUGGAGGAGAAGGCGCUGGUGCUGAAGCAGCUUGGGGAGACGCUGACGGAGCUCAAGGCUCACUUCCCAGGCCUGCAGAGCAAGAUGCGGGUAGUGCUGCGUGUGGAGGUGGAGGCGGUGAAGUUCCUGAAGGAGGAACCCCAGCGCCUGGAUGGGCUUCUCAAGCGCUGCCGUGGGGUCACGGACACGCUGGCCCAGAUCCGAAGGCAAGUGGACGAGGGUGUGUGGCCACCCCCCAACAACCUUCUGAAUCAGUCCCCCAAGAAGGUGACAGCCGAGACUGACUUCAACAAGAGCUUGGACUUUGAAAUGCCACCCCCCAGCCCCCCGCUGAACCUCCAUGAGCUGAGUGGGCCGGCCGAGGGAGCCUCUCUUACCCCCAAGGGGGGCAACCCCACCAAAGGCCUGGACACUGGCAAGAGAAGCGUGGACAAGGCUGUGUCUGUUGAGGCUGCGGAGCGAGACUGGGAGGAGAAGAGGGCAGCCCUGACCCAGUACAGCGCCAAGGACAUCAACCGGCUGCUGGAGGAGACGCAGGCGGAGCUGCUCAAGGCCAUCCCUGACCUGGACUGUGCGAGCAAAGCCCACUCGGGCCCAGCCCCCACCCCAGACCACAAGCCCCCCAAGGUCCCCCACAGCCAGAAGGCAGCUCCCCGAACGGAGCCCAGUGGGAGGAGGGGCUCAGAUGAGCUGACGGUGCCCCGAUACCGCACGGAGAAGCCCUCCAAGUCGCCCCCGCCGCCCCCUCCCCGCCGAAGCUUCCCCUCCUCCCACGGCCUGACCACCACGCGCACCGGAGAGGUGGUGGUCACCAGCAAGAAAGACUCGGCCUUCAUCAAGAAGGCCGAGUCCGAGGAGCUGGAGGUGCAGAAGCCCCAGGUGAAGCUGCGCCGGGCCGUGUCCGAGGUGGCCCGUCCGGCCUCCACCCCGCCCAUCAUGGCCUCUGCCAUCAAGGACGAGGACGACGAGGAUCGCAUCAUCGCAGAACUGGAGAGUGGCAGUGGCAGCGUGCCACCCAUGAAGGUGGUGACUCCGGGGGCCUCUCGGCUGAAGGCGGCCCAGGGCCAGGCAGGCAGCCCUGACAAAAGCAAGCACGGCAAGCAGAGGGCCGAGUACAUGAGGAUCCAGGCCCAGCAGCAGGCCACUAAACCAUCUAAAGAGAUGAGCGGGUCAAAUGAGACCUCGAGCCCUGUCUCAGAAAAGCCCUCGGCUUCCAGAACCUCUAUCCCUGUAUUGACUUCCUUUGGGGCAAGGAAUUCUUCCAUCUCCUUCUAGAAGGCCCCUCAUGUCUCCACCCCUGCCUGUCCCCCCACCCCCGCCAUUUCUCUCUCUUCCUUCCUCUCCACCCACCCCCACCCUGCUCGCCAGACCCCUGCGGGGUUUGUCCUUCAGAGGAGGGGGUGGCCCUCAGCUCCCCACACCCAUCCUCUGUUGGUGUUUUUGGUUUUUUUAAAUGAUUCACUUUUAAUUAUCUUUUUUUAAAUAGUAAAACUAAAAACCAAACACACCACCUCGCCCUGGUUUCCUGUUCCCAGAGGGCCUCUCGGGCCCACUUCCUGUCACUCUGUCCCUUUUCUCUUUCACCGCUCUUCCUCCCAAGUCCAUCCUGAAGUCCCUGCCCCUUCCCGCCCUCCUCCCCACUUCCCAAGAAUACUCCAAACAAACUCUGAGCCACGGAGACUUGGAGCAGUGAGAGACCCUCUCCCCUCCCUCGGUGCCUCCUGGAGGAACGCCUGGACAUUGGACCAACCCAGCAUCAGGCCUGGGGAUGCGACGCUGGGAGACGGGGCCCUGGAGACACCCCCCUCCCUGUCCAACCUCGCACAAGACUGACCUCUGCUGCUGCUCCGCUCCUUCCACUCACCCCAGUGGGCCUGGAGUCUAGAUGGAUGGGCUGGACACGGAGGCCGGAGGCUGGGAGGCCUCGGGGUGGGGUGAGGCCGGGAGUCUGUGUCCCUGGGGAGCAGCUGGCCUCUGUCCUGCAGGGAGUGGGAGGAGGCCCUUUGGACUGUUGGCUGUGGGGGUGGGUUGUGCAGAUGGCCUGACACCGGGGCCUGACACUGGGGACACUGCCUGGGGAGAGGGCAGCCCUGGGAGGGGCAUUUGGUACUUUUAGUUUUCUAAUUUAGCACUUUAAAUGACAUUAACUUAUUUAAUGGGGGUGGGGUGGGCAAGAAUGAAGGGCCCAGAAAUUAGGUUUUGAGGCCUGGAGGCGGUGGGGAAGGGGCCUGGUUGUGAGGGAAGGGGGAGAGCAGGGAGGGCUGGGUGAGGCAGGGGCAGACAGCUGCGGCCCGCAGGUGGGGUGACUUGACCUUCAGCCAUCUCCUUUGUGACUUGAGGGUUUUCAGGGAAGGGGCGAAAUGUGGUUUUUAAGUGGGGAUCUGGUGACCCUGGUGAGAUGUCUGAAGGUCCCCGAGGCCUGGCCAGCCAGUCCGUGGCCCGUGGAUGCCCUGCUCCCCCCACAGAGGCUGUUGGAAGUCGUGGUCCUGGGGAUGGGGAGAGGGAGACCAAUUCUGGUUGUCACUCCUGGCCCCCAGAGGGCACAGGGAGGGGUCAGAGGGAGAUUAUGAGAGAGGGGGAGGAGGAGGAGGGUGGAAUGGGGGUCCCCAGGCAGAGGAUCCCCAUGUGGAGCACAAAGUGGUGUAAGCACAGAGGAGGGGAAUUGGAAUCAGUCCCCCCAGUAAGCACAGAAAGGAGCCAAUGCAGGAGGGCAGCGCCAGCUCGACGUGGGGCCGGGGAGGGACAGCCAGGGCAGCUGCCAGAGGCUUGGGGAGGGAGGGGAAACUGGGCUGUGUUUCUUCAUUUCUUUUGUUUUUGCUUCUGUUGGUUCAUCCUUGUUUUCUAGCUUUGGAUCAUUUUUGUACCAAGGCAAGCAAGCCUUUUUGAAAAAUAACAAAAGAAGAGGAAAAAAAAAAAUCCCUCCAGAAAAGAAAAAAAAAA